CUCCCUCGCAGGUUCAACACUUCCUCUCGAAGAAUCAAUAGCGAGGUGAAAAGAUGGGGAGGCCUUUGGGAAUCAAACGGGGAAACAGAAAGCGGAAGGAGAAGUACGAUGCGGAGAUUGAGGAAGGCGAACGUGAGCAAGAACCACAGCCGAAGCAACUGAAGGCAGAUGAUGUAUCGAUAGAAGAAGAGGCGGAAAAUCAGGAGAAGCAAUCAGAAGAAGUAGAGGAUGAUGCAGUUCAUCAGCUCGAAGGCAUACCACUCGGACCGGUCCAGAGUCAAGGCUCCAAGAACAUUGGGGUUACUUUUGUUCUCGAGAAGGCUUCAUUGGAAGUCGCUAAAGUUGGGAAGACCUAUCAGAUCUUGAAUUCAGAUGAUCACGCCAACUUUUUGAAGAGGAAUGGUAGAAAUCCAGCUGAUUAUAGACCUGACAUCGUUCACCAGGCUCUUUUGGCGAUCCUAGACAGUCCACUUAAUAAGGCAGGAAAGGUUCGUGCUGUCUAUGUGAGGACUGAAAAGGGUGUGCUCUUUGAAGUCAAGCCUCAUGUCCGUAUCCCCAGGACAUACAAGCGCUUCUCAGGCAUAAUGUUGCAAUUACUGCAAAAAUUGAGUAUAACAGCAGCGGGCAAGCGUGAGAAGCUUUUGCGGGUGAUCAAAAACCCUGUGACGCAAUAUCUGCCUGCCAAUGCCAGAAGAAUUGGAUUUUCUCACAGCUCAGAAAAGCUGGUUGAAAUGCAGGACUAUGUGGCUGCUAUUGGUGAUGAUAGCCCUCUAGUGUUUGUGGUUGGUGCGAUGGCCCAUGGGAAAAUCCAAACCGAGUAUACAGAUGAUUUUAUUUCAAUUUCCAACUAUCCAUUGAGUGCUGCAUGUUGUAUCAACAUGAUUUGCGAUGCCGUGCGGAAGCAUUUGAAAUUUAUUUAACCCGCUCAGUCAAUAGCUCUCAUGGGACAGGUAUUAUGGGUAAUUAUGCCUGCAAGUAGCGAUAUAGUGAAGUUGGCAGCGAACUCACCUGGCCCUGCCGGCUGUAAAGAGUUUUACAAAGAUCCAAGGGGUGAAAAACAGAGUUGAAGGGUGUUGCGGAGGGAAAGAACUUAGUUUCCAUAUCAGCUCUCCUUAUCAAUUGAUUGAUUGAUGAUCCUGGGGGAUUACCUGGUUCGUGCACGGGGAACAGCUUGGGCGUGCGAGUCACCUUGGACUAGGAAGAGGAGAGAAAAGCCUCCUUCAUUUCAUUUUCUAUUCAGAGUGAUGAUCGGGAUACAAAUGUUUACUCGUGUCUGUUGCAAAAUUGAACCUUGAAACCUCAAUCAAAAUUUUCCAGGUAUACGACCCUCCUUGACAUGAA